UCGUCCGCCCAGAAAAAACCACGCCCUUCCCGUCCUCGCCCCGCUCCGAAAUCGUCAAAGCGACAAGCCCCUCUCGAGCCCUUUUCGCCCAUGCCAUGCGACAUCCUCGAGAAUGCAGAGACCACCUACGUCAAGUUAGAGUGCCCACCAUCUCCACAGUUGACGUUUCCGGCCUUGGCGCAAUCGUCCAGCACUUCUCUGGGCGGUGGUUUCGUUCCCAUUGCGGAUAUCCCGCCCCUUGACCUUGAUGGCUCUGGUAAUGUCAAAGAGGAAUACCUCCCCAAUCUUGUCCCUGCCAGCCUCGAACCAGCCUACAACACGCACCUCGGCAUCAAACCAGAAUCCAUCCAGUCAAUCGACUCUUACAUGCUAGCCAACUACGGCGUGCAGCCCGCUUCUGAAUGUUAUCAACAAUCCUUCUAUGUUCCGAGCCCCGUCAUCAAACCCGAGGACUAUAACUUUGUCAAUUUCGUGGAUCCUUUCGAUAUGUCAAACUUCUGUUCGGAUACGCAUUCUGUUCUCGCAGAACUAGAGCAGAUGUUUGCACCGAUCCCUCCUACUGCUACUUUCGAAUCAGUAUUCUCAAAUACCAUGACUCUUGACGAGCCAGUGGAUACCGAUCUCGGUCUAUGGUUCAAUUACGAUCAAAUCUAGAUUUACCUUACAACUUGCUCUCCACACCAUAUCGCGCUCUACCCGCUUUCAAGGCUCUCAUCACAUGUGAAAUACUUUCGUCGUCAUUCCAUAUACCAAGUUUUCGUGGCUCAUCUCUUGUAUCUAGUACUGCAUCAGUCUCGUCUUGUAUAGUUGUACAUAGCACAGGCGAGAGGCUGAUAUUCAUAUAUUGUCGUUACUU